AUGACCUGCGACGCGCGCAACCAGCUGCGCAACGUGAAGGGUUUCACGCCAUCGCAGCGGGCGCUAGGAAAGCAACCGAAGAAUCUCGGCAACAUGGCGGACGAACCGACAACUACGGGCGACCUCGGUGACCACGACGAGGAGUUCUGCCGCAACCUGGCGCGCAGGCGGGACGCAGGCAAGGCUUUUCUGGCGGCGAACGUGGCAAGAGAAGUUCGGGAGGCGCUGGCGGCCAAGAACCGGCCCCUCUCGAGAGAGUUCCAGAUCGGCGAGUGGGUGUACUUCUGGAGGCGCGACAAAGGCGAGAGCGACCUCAUCAAGAGCUACUGGAAAGGACCGCCGAUGAUCAUGCAGGUCGAGUACACGGACGAUCCCGAUAAGCUGAGACAAUCAGUGCUGUGGUGUGUGCACGGCAGCACGCUUAUACGGACGACGCACGAGCUGUUACGAGCCGAACUGCCAGAGGAGCGACGGCAAAGAGAAGAAGAAGAUGACGAUCACGGACUGCCACUGUCAACGGCAGAGCGAGUGCUGGAGAAACUGAGGAACAUCAGCGGAUCCACGAAGUUCGCGGACCACACGGGCGAAGUUAUCGGCCAGCCAGAGGACUACGAGGACGAACACUUCCCCAUGGAGAUGGAUACGAAGGGCGUCGAUACUGACGGCCAGGCGGAGGUGACCGAGGCCGAUAGGCAGGACGAGUACCACGAGGGCGAGCAGAGCGACGACGGCGACCGAAGAGCACCCGAGGUGUCCGAGAUGCAGGCGCCUACGGCGUCAGAGCCCCCACGCCCGGACGUCUCGGCGGGCACGUCCCAGGACGUGGGUAGCCCGGAGAUGGAGCGCGAGACAACACCAGAUGGGCCAGGUCCUGAGCAGGUCGAGGUGGAGCAGAAGACGACCCAGACCGCGGCUGAGAAGCGGAAGGCGGAGGAGCAAACGGCCGAGGACGGUGACGAGUUGCUGAAUGCCAUCAACGCGGCAAAACGACUGGACGGAUUACGGCCACUACCGAAGAGACCGAAGCAGACCGACGUGACGAUAGCGGACAGCGCAGCGAGCAGCGGUGAAGGCGACGAACUGCUGCUACUGUACGAGGAUGCGGAUACGAUCUACCUGACCAACGCGGCUAAAAAGGAUUCGGUGGUGAAGGCCAGGCUAAGUAUGGACGAGCGGAGGCAGCUCGAUGAGGCGAAGACCAAGGCGCUGCAGCCAUGGAUCGAGAACCAAGUGACCAGCACAAACGUGGAGAAAGCGAACCCUACUCUCACGAGGCUCACGAGGUUCCUCAUCCUGCUUAUUCUGUGCCAACAUGCUUGGAAGAUGGUGGCAGCGGAUGUGAAGAGUGCAUUCCUACAGGCGAAGGGUAUCAGAGAACAAGGAGUUCGGAACUUCAGCAGUCCGACCAAGGACAUACGACGUCGACUGGCGAAGAUGAUGGGCCUGCAGGCGGACAGCGACCAGCACUAUGUGUUGGACGGCGUGCUGGGGCUGCACGUGAACGACUUCAUCGGCGGCGGCGAGAAAUUUGAGCGCGAAGAGGACCUCUACAACAAGCAUGCGUACGAUGGCACCUUCUUAGAUCGGGUGCAGAAGCUCAACCAGAGUUUCAAGUUCGGCAAAUUGGAGCUCUCGAACAGCAUCGUUUUCUGCGGCAUGGAGACUACGCUGUCGUUCUCACGCGACGAGAUCGAGGUGAAGGCGACGGUCGUCAAUUUACUGGAGGCAAACAAGUCGCUGAGGCUCCUGAAGGCGAGUGGUGAUGUGAGGAUUCGCAUUAACUACGUGGGAUCCUGGAGCAAGCUGAGGCUUAGAGUCUACUGGGAUGCAUCAUGGGCUACGAGGUCGAAUGGCGAAUCGCAGCUCGGCUAUAUGAUCUUCGUGAUCGAGGAUGCUAGGGUCGACGACGGACAGCCAACGCAGUUGGUAAUAGUAGAUUGGGCGAGCAAGAAGCUCGUGAGGACCUGUCGGAGCUCCUUGGCAGGCGAGGCUCAGAGCGCGGCGAACUCAGUGGACGCGCUGGAGUUUGCGAAGACUAUGCUCACGACAAUGCUCUUCCCCACGAUGCAGCUGACGGGCACGGAGAUGUUGAAGGUAUUGGGACGCAACCCAUGCAUCACGGACUGCAAAGCGCUGCACGAUGCGGCGAACUCUCAAGCGGCAGCCGGAAACUUGACGGAGCGACGGACUGGGAUUGAGAUCUGGCAGAUCAACGAGAAGAUGCGGGAGUUCGGGGGUGUAUGGAGAUGGACCAACACGCACCAGCAGAUGGCAGAUGGUCUGACGAAGCUACAGGUGCGACAGCAGUUCGUCGAGAAGCUGAAAAGGAAGACGCAUGCACUCAAGUACGCCGCGACGUUGACGCCUGGCAAGAAGGUUAGCCAGAAGGAGCGAGCUCAAGCCGAGAAGGAGCUGGAUGAAGCGGCGGCGGACGAGGCGAAUCAGGCGGAAGACGCGGCAAGCGAGGACGGCGACUACCAUGAGGUCGAAAAGAGCAAGACGGAGUUUCCAUGGGUACUGGUGUCGUUGUUUAUGCUGCUGGUGGCGAUUGCCUUUUGCUGUGGAUGUGCGCUGGCGGCUACGUGCUGUCUCAAAUACACGACCGAGCAGAAGCUCAUGGAUGAGGUGCGUGUACAUCGAGAUGCACAUACGAUGGCCGAGCAGAGGGCUGAUACGGCUACGACGGACCAGAGAGUGAACGACGAGAUGGAGAGAGACAUCAAGGAGCUGGUGCGGACAGCCAGCACCCAGAGCCAGUGCACAUACAGACGCGACCUCACGACGCCGAGGUUUCAGUAUUUGCGAGAGUGUGAGCAGACGGCAUCGCUGAGUGCCGAGUUCGAGGCUU